GUCCGUGUAUUUACUCUCAGGACGACCCCUCCCACAGCGACAUGCAACCCGAACCUGCAGGUGAGCAGUUCAGCCAGCAGCUUCCCUGUCCCCCCCUCACACUCUCGGCGGAUUAUCUGCGACGUACUUCACUCCCAAAUGGACGAAGUUGCCUGUAGGAUUUUUAGGAUUCACAUACGGGACGUGAUCCCGCGUCGCGUCCGGAGAGCGCGUCUGGACGAGAGGACAGAGGAGCUGAGGGUGUGAACGGGCAGCGGUGAGGGUGUGAGAUCAUAAAAGCCGUCCAUUAUCAGAGGCUUGUAAACCUGACAUGUGUACACCCAGUGAAACAGUGACCUGAGAUCCCACCUUGAGGGAAAACCAGGAUGCGUCCCAUUGCAUCACAGCGUUUAGGUGUGACGAAUGUCGGGGGCAGCCACUGCGACCCUGCUGCGGCAGCCUUGCUGCUCCUCCUGUGUCUUGGCUUCCUUCCCUCUGUGGCGGCUUGCCCAUCUUACUGCCUUUGUGCCAGUGAUAUCAUUUCCUGCAGUGGCCGCAAUCUGUCGGCACUGCCCUUUGAUCUCCCAAACUAUGCCACACGGUUGGACCUGAGCCACAAUGCCCUCUCUGCCCUGCCAACGGAUUGGAUUCUCCAACCAUUUGACCGACUCACCACAUUGGUCCUAAGUCGAAACUCCAUAAGCCAAAUUGAGGUGAAUGCUUUCAUUCUCACACCACAUAUCCUCCACUUGGACCUCUCAUCCAACCAACUGACAGUGCUGAACUUGUCCAUCUUCACUGGGUUGAAGGAACUGAAAGAACUACUGCUGUUUGACAACCAGAUUGUCCAUAUCAACCCAGAAGCCUUCAGUGAUCUUCACAGCCUGCAGAAGCUCUACCUCUCUGGGAACAGACUGACGACUUUUCCCCUCGGGAUUUACUGGGAACCUGGAGGGCCUCGUAACCUGACCUUUCUCGAUCUGUCCUACAACAAGCUCUCUAAGGUGUCUGUCCAGAGUCUGCUGUCUGUCACCCGCCAUGGGGGAAUUUAUUUACAGGAAAACCCUUUGGUCUGUGACUGUGCUUUACUCGCCUUGCUUGAGUACUGGAUGUGGAAACAGUAUCGCCCCCUGGUGGAAUUCAGAGAUGAAUACCCAUGUAAGGGUAAUUCAGGACCAGGGCCUUUAUGUAGCCAGCAGGGAGUGUCAGAUAUUCCCACUGAGGCACAGACUUACCAAGAAGAGCCUGGUAAAAGGUUGAGAGUGCCAUGCCCAGGGUUGGCUUCUUCAACCCAGGAGGGGCAGGUGGUGUUCUGGGUUACCCCAAGGACUGUAGUCAAUUCAUCAACCAAUGAUCCCAGCGCCCACUUAAUAGUUCUCCCCAAUGGCACCCUUGAAAUCCGAGGAACACUUCUGGAGGAUUCAGGUACAUAUGGUUGCGUGGCAGCCCGCCGGCGAAUCUAUGAACAUUACGAGACUGUGGAGGUCAAUGUGGUGGUCGGAAACUUGAGCACUGUCUCUGCCAGUGGCUUGGCGCAUCGCAAUGGUGCAGAGCAUUUCAACACUGCGUUCACCACCCUUGCCUCCUGUGUGGUCAGCAUCGUAUUGGUGCUGCUUUACCUCUACCUCACCCCCUGUCGCUGCAGAGAAAGCCGGGCUGGAUCGAGAGGGUGCGGAGGACGAGCCAUUAUCCUCUGUUCAGACCCCAGAGAAGUGGACUCAGGACAACGGCGGUCAAACGGAAAGAGGGUGGCUUUCUUAGAGCCUCAGGCAGAGGACUCUGAUAUUGGCAGCCCAAAAACACCAGCAAUGAACUUGGGUCAUGUUACCACUGAGGGAAUUCUCAAGAAUGGAAGUAGGACAGUGGGACAGACCCUCACAGACCCUGCUCACAUGGCAUAGCAAGAAAAUUAGCUUUAACACUCUCCUCUAUCCUUUCAGUCUGAACCCAAGUGUUUUUUUUUUCACUGUCUUCAAUAUGAAAUGAAAAAAUCCAUUUGAUGUGAAGUCGUGUACUGUUUCUGAUUCCUGUGAAGUACUUAUUCACUGUAGGGUUUGGGUUGUUGUAGGCAGAAUUUCAAUUAUGUCUCUACUGUAAGUGGUAUCUGUUUUUAUAUUAUGGAAAUUUCGCAGGUACCGUGGGGAAAUUGCUCCCGCAAAGAUCACAAAGAUGAUAUAAAUGUGGGUGGCUUUUUAAAUUGGGCCGAGAGGAAUAUUCACACCUGCUUUGAUAAGCUGCUGGAGGCAUUCAUGGUUAAUAUACAGUAGUUGAAUUGUGAAUACAGCCAUCAAGGAGUCCCUUGUUGUUUUCAACCAUCUGUCUCCUACUGUGAUGCAUAUCAUUAUCAAAACACGGCAGUCAUACCUAUUAAAUCAUCUGCAUUUUGAUGUUUUUCGGAUCAAACUGUAUCUACCCCACAUUAUCCUCAAAUUAUGAUGAGCAAAUAUAAUCCUGUGAAAGUUCUUUUAGAAAAUGCAUACAAACAAUACACAGUGAGACGUGUACAGUAGUAGCCUAUGUUGUGUUUAGUGUGUUUAGUAAGAUAAAAAUGCAUUUUAUGAACUCAAAUUUGGUGAAAUUCUCUUAUGAGGGUGGUUCACUCACUUCCCUAUAGUGGUAUCUAGCUAAUGAAAUAGAUUCAGCUUAAUUUUCUCAGGUUUUAAGAUCUGUCUCUUAGAUUUCUGUCUCCACCCCAAUACAAUUAAAAGGAACUAUUUGUAAGUUUUGCUAUUGCUACAUAGCCAACGUUAACAUUAACAGCUGUUUAGUUACCAGUCUAGAAGAAACAUUGAACGAGUUCAGCAUCACACUUCAUUCCUUUACUCUCCAGAGGUGGAAAGCAAUGCAAAUAUUAACUCUUGUCUUUAGGUCCCAAGGAACCCACAGAAACAAGUGGGACAACAUGCCGCUGUUGAAUUGUUUUUGUUUUUGCAGUGUUGUGAGACCACAUACAAAAUUCCAUUCACCUCCAUUGUAUUGGGAUCGAGGCAAAAAAAGUUAUUUGCACGGCAAUUUUUUAAAAACAAUUUGUGUGAACAACACAACUUAUAUCUAAAAUAUUAAAAUGAAAAAAAAAAUCAAAGGUGUGAGAUAUCCUUUUGGCAACAGUUAUAUACUAUACGUAUAACUUACAUAAUUUGACCACCAUAUCAAAAACCCACCUAGAGCUGGUUUAGAGUGACUCUUCCGCAGGCUUGACACUCAUCAACCUGAUCCCUGUUCUUCCUGUUAAAAUUGGACUUCCCUGCUCACCCUCUACCUUGUCACCCCAACCCCCAGCUUAACAAACAGCAGAUCCAUGGAAGAAUUGACUUAGCGGUCAACCUUAGCGGUUCAGACAGGAGAGGAGUUUGGGCUAGGCUAUGAAGCCCCCUGUCAGCCCAGAUCAGUGUCAUAGAAAUCAGAGGGAGAUUUGCCAGCUCGCCCCAAGCCCACCGUGACCUACAUUCCUGUGUCCUCUGUCUGAUUUUAAAGGUGUGCGGAAUCAUUUCCUAGGUGCCAAGAGACUUGUUAUCAUUUCCUUUGCUUUACAUGUCUAUGAUACCACUAUCUGAAUAUCAACUUUUUAUAUUUCUUCUGUUCUGUUAGACAAAGGGUACAUUUUAAGUAGAGGCAGUGAAACUAACACUACAAUGACUGAUGAUACUUGUAGGUAUGAAAUAAAGUCUUUCAGUUUCA